GUUGAAUUCACGUCUAAACUCAAAAACCCUUCAAUAAUCCUAGCCCUAUAUAAACCCUAACUAGCCAUGCAAAAAUAUAUACACAACUAACUACGAGCAUUCACCACUACAAACUCACUAAUUAACUCUAUCAAAAUUCACAUACCAACAUGGCUUCUAGUACUGCUGCUACCCGCUUCCUCUUACUCUUCUUCCUCCUCUCGGCGGCGUCGGCCACCGCAUCGGCCGCCCGCUCCACGAGGAACAGCGCGUCGACAGCGUCCGUGCGGCGCAUGCACGAGCAGUGGAUGGCGCAGCACGGGCGCGUGUACAAGGACGCGGCCGAGAAGGAGCGGCGGUUUAGGAUCUUCAAAGCGAACGUCGAGUACAUUGAGUCAGCCAACCGGGCCGGCAACCGGUCGUACACGCUCGGCCCCAACCGCUUCACCGACCUCACCAACGAGGAGUUCAGAGCCUCGUACCUCGGGUUCAGGCCGACCCCACGCCCCGAUGCGGCGGCGCAGUCACCGUUCAGAUACACCGACAGCUCGACACCGGAUAGCAUGGACUGGAGGUCUCAAGGCGCAGUUACUCCCAUCAAAGAUCAAGGCAAUUGCGGAUGUUGCUGGGCAUUCUCCGCGGUGGCGGCGACAGAAGGGAUCACCCAGAUCAAAACAGGGCAGCUGAUCUCCCUGUCGGAGCAAGAGCUUCUCGACUGCAACAAUGACGGCUACUCGUGCAAUGGCGGCAUCAUGGACGGCGCCUUCCAGUUCAUCGUCAGCAACGGCGGCCUGGCGACCGAAGACGCCUACCCAUACCAGGCAAUGCAGGGCACGUGCAACUCAGCCCAGGCGUCCUCCGCAGCCACCAUCAGCGGCCACGAGGACGUGCCGGCGAACAGCGAGUCGGCCCUACUGAGCGCGGUGGCGAACCAGCCGGUGUCCGUCGCCAUUGACGGAGGGGACAUGAAUUUUCAGCACUACCAAGGCGGCGUUUUCACCGGCCCGUGCGGGACGGAUCUGGACCACGCGGUCACGGCCAUCGGGUACGGAACGGCCGACGACGGAACUAAGUAUUGGCUCAUAAAAAACUCAUGGGGAACGGCGUGGGGCGAGGAUGGAUACAUGAGGAUCCAGCGAGAUGUGGAUUCUUCCGAAGGAAUGUGCGGACUCGCCAUGCAAGCGUCUUACCCGACCGCAUAAUCCGAAUGCAUAUAUAUAUUAUUACACUAUAUAUAUAUAGGGUUACUAUAUAUGGCUUUAAUUCUAGUUACUAGUAAUAAUAAGAAUGAUUGGAGAUAUGUAUAAUAAGCUUAUAAAAAUUAGAACGCAUCUGUUUGGUUUGGCCACGUACUAUCACAUUUGAGAGAGAGAGAUAUAUGUUACAGCCUCUAUGUAUGAUGUUUACAAGGUAUUGCUCUUUUAAAUAAAUGUUGCGGGCUUGUGUCUUA